AUGUGGGAUCCUGGGAUGGAAUUCCGAGUAGGGAUGGUCUUCCCAAAUCGCGAUGCCGUCCUAGCUUGUGCGACUACUUAUUCGGUCGGGUUGGGAAGGGAGUACAAGGGUCGCCGGACUACCAACUCCACAAUUGUGUUGGCUUGUAGGCACAACCCUGUAUGUAAAUGGUGGUUGCGCGCUACACUUCUGCAAUCAACUCAGACGUGGACGUUGACAAAAUAUAUUGGCCCGCACACGUGCAAUCAGCUGUUACUUGAUCCAAACCAUCGGAAUUUUGGGUCUGGUGCGAUCGCAGACUAUAUCAAGGGUCAAGUAAAGCUGCAACGUGACAUACGGAUCGAUACCCUCAGAGCUGGAAUUUGGCAACAAUAUGGAGUUAGGCCUCCGUAUAAACGAACUUGGAAUCCAAAGGAAAAGGCAAUAGCUAAUGUUUACGGUGGCUGGUAUGAAUCAUUUGCUAUGGUUCACAAGUUCAUGAACGAGAUGAUGCAUGUCAACCCUGGAUCUUUCUGGGAUGCAGAAGGCGCUGAGGUGUACACUGACGGGAUCCUUCAGCCGAAAGUCGUAACGUUCAUUAGAAUGUUCUGGACUUUCAAACCGACAAUUGAAGGGUUUCGUUUUUGCAAGCCAGUUUUGUUCGUCGACGGUACUCAUUUGUAUGGCAAAUAUAAAAUGACCUUGUUGAUCGAAUCGGCAAUCGAUGGGAACAGUCACAUCAUGCCACUGGCAUUUGCACUUGUUGAAUCUGAAAGUACUGCUAGUUAUGAGUACUUUUUUGAACAUUUGCGUGAGCAAGUGAUUUGCGAAAGGAAGGUGGCCAUUAUAUCUGAUCGGCACGCUGGAAUAUUAUCGGUUCUGAAGCGUCCUGAAUGGGCCGGUGUCGCUCACAAGUUUUGCAUCAGACAUUUCUGUAGUAAUUUUCAGACCAAGUUUAGGAACAAGGUUUUGGAGAAGCUGGCGGAGAAAGCAGGUAAUGAUUUUUUACGAGUGAUUAUGUUGACAAAAUAG